AUGGGAUUCAAGUCAACCAAUGGCCACCACACGUCGUGGAAGGGGCCGCGGCUGUGGAAGCGGUUCGUGAGCCCCGCGCUCACGGGGGGAGGGUUCGAGGAGGGGGCGCUCGGGGGACGGAGGCUCAGGACUAGGCGGAGUACGGCGGAGGAAUGUGAGAAGCUGCAGCUGUGCAAGCUGCACGCGCGCUCCAGCCGGAACUUCAUCGCGGCCUUCGAGCUGUACUUUGUCAACAAGGAGAACGCCCGUCUCUGGGACCACCGCGCCCACUCCAUCGCGGACUGCGAGCGAACAUACACGGGCUGCCGCGGCGGCCCCCCGCCCCGCGCCCCCGCGCGCGCCCCGCCGAGGGAAGUGGAGUUUGUGGAUACUGACUAUGAGAGCUAUUGAGUAGGGACACAAUAUAAUAAUAAUAUGUAAUAGAAAAGGGUGUUCCUUUUGGUUUACUAUAACGUUUUUGCAACACCUAAUAGGGUUGGUUUUGAAGCUAGAACAUGAAGUGAGAACUAUGAACGGAGAUUUACAUCAAGCUUUUGUGAUUUAGCUACUAAGACAAGUUAUGUAUUAGGCUAAGAAAUAGCGUGUAAAUAUAAUGUAACCUAGAAUAAAAUGCAAUAUAAAUCUUAAACAAUC